AUGCCGUCCACAACCAAACCGCCCGUGGAAAUCCAAAUAACGAAAUCGGAGCGAGUAUUUCCCCAAACGCCGUCGAGACAUGAGCAAGUGAUCCCCUUGUCGCUGCUGGAUGCAACUCUUACCAACUUUGCUCACACAAACGCCGUAUGGCUCUUUGAGCCCCUUGCUGGGAAGGAUGUGCCAGACAUGGUCGAGCACCUCCGCCAAACCCUCGGCACGGCGUUGAGCUCCUACCCUCAAUGGGCCGGCCAGUUGAAGUCCAUCGCUGUCUUGGACGACGCACUGGUUCCAGCUGAAGCCAAGGACUUCCCUGUUCACGCCCGUCGCUUCGGUCGCGUAUACGCGCACUUCGGCACUGCCGCCGACGUCGGUGUGGAGUUCACCUCGGCAACCAGCUCUGCUACCACGAACUUGCUCUACCGAACCGAGCGCACCGAGGCGCAACCCCUAUGGGACCGCAAAGAUGACAGUUUCGACAUGUUUGUGCCUCCUUCCGACAUAGCGCAUGCUCUCUUUCCCAACGAGCCCGAUACAGAGACCGGAUUGCGAAAGCCCGUCAUGGCCAUCCAAUACACCGCGUUAUCAGAUGGUGGCUUCGUCCUGGCUGUCAAAACGGCGCAUCCACUAGCAGACAUCACAAGCCUUGUUCGCUUCGUCAAGGACUGGGCGAGUGUGAGCCGCACCGUAGUCGAGGGCUCGACGUCUCUGGUCUUGAACCCAGUCUUCGAGCCAGCGCGGUUGGACAAUCUUGCCGCGGGAGACAUCAGCGCCGAGGAGCCGGAUUCGGCUAUCAUCAGACGUGCCCACAGUCUGCCGUUUCACCGGUAUGAUUGGUGGGCCACACCUGGGAAGCCCCCCGCGGCAUUCCUCGAUAAGGCCAUACCAGUGUCUCUGGCAAGCGAGCCCAUACCCUGGGAUGAGUGGGAUCUCAACGCGCCUAUCUCUCAUUACACUAUUCAUCUCAACAAAGAGCAGGUUGACUUCCUCUGGAAGCAGGCUACGAAUGGUGCAGAGGCCCAUGGCCCGAGAAUUAGCAAGCAUGAUGCCGUCUUAGCUCAUGUUUGGUCCUGCAUCAUGCGUGCACGCCAACUCGGGACGGGAAAGGAUGACGGCCCGGUCUAUUGCGACCUUGCGCUCGGCGUCCGAUCCGCUUUCAAGCUGGGUGAGGACUUCAUGGGUUCCCCAAUCGUCAUGAUGAAUGUGGAGCUGCCCUACUCCGAGGUCAGCUGUGUGGGAUCAGGCAACGCCCCGGGAGCCACGGUUCACAUCGCUCGGAAGAUUCGCGAUACAAUAUCCAGGGUGAACAAGGUUUCUAGCCUCGCGGAUCAUCUUCAUAACAUUGCGUACGAGAAGUCACCUCAACGGAUAUGGCAAGGAUUUCUAGGACGGCGCCAUAUCGUGGUAACAACCUGGGCGCGCGCCGGCAUGUACGAUGUUGAUUUUGGACUCGGCUCACGUAUACGGUUUGCCGACAGCGUUGUGCCAAAUCUGGACAGCAGCGUUGUUAUCAAGGAAGCGCCCCCAUCUUCUGGUGGAUUAUUGUCGGGAACUCAGCCGUCUUGGACUGAUAGCGGCGUCGAUAUCUCGGUUCACAUUAGCACUGACGCUAUGGCACGGUUAUUAAAGGAUCCUUUGUUACUGCCGCGCCUUAAUUAA